GAAUAUAUACUUAUUAUUAAAAAAAAAGGAAUUUCGUUUGAAGAUAUAUAUAUAUCUAAGUCAAUUCUACAAUUAUCUUCAUAACUCGAUCGAUUACAAAUUAUGAAAAUGGACAAUUAACAUAUUUUCACCAGAGAAAAAAAAAGGACAUUUAGCAGACAAAAAUAGAAAGAAUCUAUAGACGAUGAUUAUUAUAAGUGCAUGAAUUAGCUCUUGCGUGGAAGAAGAAUCAUAGCAUCGUUCUCUCUCCCAAGAAAAAACUCCAAAACCCUAAACCAAAUCGACGAAGAUGCCAAUUUUUUAUACUGGUAAAGACGAUUUAGCUGUGGCGAAUCUGCUUUCACAAGCUAAAGAUCACUACGUUCUUGAACAAGUCGCCAAACUCAACUGCUCUGGCUUCACCGACGACUCUGCUCUUCCCUCUAAUCACGAAACCCGUUUCCGUCGUCUCAAAUCUCUUCCGGUUUCUCGACCUGACUCUGUUUCGUCUUCCUCGAAGAAACUUCUCUCUCAGUCCAAGAGCAUGGCAAGUUACCCUAAGAAGAAGAGUCGUGGAAACGUUUCCUCUGUUUCUUCUUUUUCAAGUUUCUCGGGAAAUCUAACUGGAAACUCUUGUCCUUUAGAUUCAUCUGUCGGAAUCAAACGUGAUACGAGUGUAAAUUCGAGGUUUGAGAAUAAUUCACGAGGUGAGUUCGGAGAUUUCUCAGAUUCUGGGAGAAUUGGCUAUAGUUCAACAAUACGGAUAAACCCUAUGUUUUUGACUCCAACAACACAAACCCUGAAGCUUCGUCCUAAACAGAACUCAAGAACCAGUUCAACUUCACUAACCUCCAUUGAUUCAGCUUCCCCAUCAUCUUAUCUGGACCAAAAAGAGAAAUCGAAAUCGAGGUUUUUAAGAUCAUGGUUUGAUAAGUUACCCCUAGCACAAGCCAUGGGUUGCUUACAAGGCAAGUCUUCAUCCAAAAGCAAAAAGACAAAAGAGAGCUGCGUAGAAGGAUUGUUUUGGGAAGAAGAAUUCAAGAAGGCGAAGAAGAGAGUCGAAGAAGAGUCGAAGCAGAUGAAAAUAAUGUUAAAAACUCGUCAAAAUGUCAAAGAAGGCCAGGUCUGACUGAUUCAAUACUUAAUCGACUAAUAGGAAAUUUAAGUCCAUAUAUUUUUAGGACCAUGUAGCUCAAAAUU